AUUAGUGUGUCCACUGGUCACGAGCGCCGUCUAUCAUCUAAACCAUUGAUUGAGAUGUGAAGUGCUUUUUAAACGAGUUGUCGACACAAACAACACAUCACUAAUAUCUUCAUUAAAAUUAAGUGCAGUUAUYACUGACUGACCAAACAAUGGCAUCAAACGGUUGGGAAACGGUCGGCAAGAAGAAGAACAAUAAGAAUCAGAUAAAGAAUCAUAAGAAGCACUUGACUGAUGAUACCAAUCAUAAGGAUAGCACCGGUCAAAUCGCUAUAAGCGACUCAAACUUCAGUGUCUUUGCUAAUCUUGAAGAACGAAAACUUCAUAAACAACAACAAAAUAAUACUAAAUCAGUUGUCGACCAAAAUAACGAAAAUGAAGUCAUCGACAAAAAGUUGGCCAAAAGUAAACCAAAGAAGAAACCAGUUUUGAUAAAUGAAUCGCCGAAGAAAACAACGAAACCUCUGACUUUUGAACAGUUGGCUAAAGAACUAAAAGUGUCUGAGUUUGAGAAAGUGGCCGAAGAAACCAAAGUAAAGUUUCCCGAUAUGCCUCUCAUUUGGCUCAAAGAUAUCGCAUAUUUUCUUAACGGAAAGUUUCAAUAUAUAGAGCCCGAAGACGUAACAUUUGCAGACAAGUCAUUUGACUACCCUUCCAGUGCAUUACCCCAAAGUGUAAUUGAAUUCAUAAACCGGAACAUCCGUCAAUGUCCACAACCAAUACUACAGCUAAUUCAGGAACAAUUGCUCCAGAGUUUGGUCAAACAGAGUACACCAACGAUGGGAUUCCGGAUAAUACUUCAAUGCAUAAGCAGUCAAUAUCCGGAUUUUACUGUUAAUAAUAUACAGAAAUUUAUUCAACACAGAAUCUCCUAUUGCAAUAGACAACAGGUCUGCCUAUCAAUACUAUGGGUGGCCUCACAGUCAAACAAGAAGGACCUAAAGAGUGGUCUUAAUAUUUGGUUAGAGCUUAUGUUACCAAUUAUUCAACAGAAAGCUUAUACCAAAUAUAUUAUUGAUUCAUUGAAUACAUUGUUGGCAUUUCAUCUAAAUUCUAAAUUACCGAAUGAGGUCUUAAGUGUCAAACAAUUCUUUACUUUCUUUGAUUUCAUACACACUCCAGCAAAUGGUAUGACACUGGCCUCACAAAAGCAAUUGGAUAGCAUUUAUCUAAAAUWUAAAUUAAUAUCGAUAUACAAUAACUCGAAAACCACUUCUAGGCUUUAUUUUCCCCAUUUGUUUGAACGCUUAGAGUGGACUAUAUUUUCAAAUAACAGAUCAGAGUUAUUGUCAGAAUUGACUAAAUGUUUGGCCUCUGAUAACCAGUGCUUUAGUGUUUGGCGUACUCUUUACGCCCAAAAUUUAACACAAUCGGCUAAAUUACUCGAGUAUUUAGCUAAUAAUUACCGAACAUUACCGUCCAGUCUGUCGAUAAAAYUGUUGAAUGAAACUGUAUUAAGCUUUAAAAAUACCAAUGAAGACACAAUCCUUGAGAACAGAUCACCCAAAGAGGGACAGGAGGCGUGUGAACAUUACGCUCAGACACUUCUCAAUAUAAUGUCUAACUGGAAGUUACCGAUUAAGUCCAUCCUAAUGGUGUUGACAGUACUGGUGGCUGUCCUUUUGGCUUACGAUACCAAAUCUCACGGAUCAUUUCAAAAGUCAUAUACUGGAAAUGUAUUGAAACAAACGGGUACUUUACCUGUUGUUGAACAGGCCUACAACAAGAUCGAGGUCUACUCGUUAAUAGCUUAUAGUUGGCUGUCCAUCAAUAUGCCAGUCUAUUUCAAGUCUGUCAGUGAAGUGGUUUCUCCCUAUUUGAACGUAUUUUGGGCCAAAUUUGCUGAAGUAAUGGUCUAUUUAUGGAACUCGACUGAAGUGAUCAGAGUCUGGAUCAACAAAACAAUUCCACCCAUUCUGGAGACAAUAACUGAUGAAUAUAUGCCGAAAGUACAGUCAUUUGUUUGGCAGUUUACAACCCAAGUUCAUAGCUAUCUAARCACAGUGUGGGCUCUAUUACUCAAAUACUGGAUAAUUGUCUCAAAUUGGUUGCAGACAAAUGUCUUGACUGGAAGUCUUGCGCCCGAAAACAUUCAAAAAGUGUUGAUUCAAGCGAUAGAUGUGUUGCAGUCAUAUAUGUCGGAAGCCUUUCAAUGGACGGCUAAUCAGUAUAAAGCAUUGACUAAUUAAACGGCUCAUUACAUUACAAAACCACAACAUUAAUAAAAAAUAUUUGAUUAAAUAUAAAAAAU